ACUCUGUAAUCUGGAUAGGCUUUUGGUGAGAAUCAAAAGGAAGAGGAACGCCAAAACUGAAGCUCAGAGAAGUAGUCAUGGCUUCUUCCGUCACCUCGUCUUUCCAUCCAUGCAAUUUGAAAUCUACAUUUUUGGGAGAGAGAAGUGGAAUCCAUGUUGCUAGGGUUCCUAUCAGUCAGAUUGGUACUCUGAGAAGGAUCGUGGAAUGCAAGGAAUCAAGAAUUGGGAAGAAACCAAUUGAAGUACCAUCCGUUGUAUCGUUAACACUGGAAGGCCAGGAUUUGAAAGUAAAGGGCCCCUUAGGGGAGCUUGCUAUGACUUAUCCACGUGAGGUGAAGGUUGAGAAGCAAGAAUCUGGCCACUUGAGGGUCUUAAAGUCAGUGGAGACUCGGAGAGCCAAUCAAAUGCAUGGGCUUUUCAGGACUCUAACUGACAACAUGGUGGUUGGUGUGUCGAAGGGUUUUGAGAAGAGACUUCAAUUGGUGGGGGUUGGAUAUCGUGCAACGGUAGAAGGCAGUGACUUGGUCUUAAAUCUUGGGUUUUCCCACCCUAUAAGGAUGGCAAUCCCUGAAGGGCUAAAAGUGAAGGUGGAAGAAAACACCAGAAUUGCUGUUAGUGGAUAUGACAAGAGUGCUAUUGGUCAGUUUAGUGCUACUAUUCGGAAAUGGAGACCUCCAGAACCAUAUAAAGGAAAGGGUGUGAGAUAUGCAGACGAGAUUGUACGGAGAAAAGAAGGAAAAGCUGGGAAGAAAAAGUAAAAUGGAUUUACCAUUCCUUUUCCCUUUUUUUUCUGUGGGGGGUUGGGGUUGUUGAGGACAUUGUGUUCAUUCAGUGUACUAAGGUUUGUAUAAUUGAUACUGGAUGUUCUUGCAUGGCAGUUAAAGUUGCUUUUAUUUAUUUAUUUUCUU